CAUAAAAGAGGUGUUGUUAAAUGUGCGGGAAUUAACACAGUAAAAUGGCACUCUCAUGCAUUGACCGUGUGUGUAUUCUGUGUAAUGUACUAAAUUACUGACAGUAAGCAGGGCAUUAGUGUUACUUUUGCUUUCGUUUGAGUACUUAACUACAAAACGAAAUGGAACCGAAACGGUUGCACCCUUCUCUGCAGAAAGAUGUGGCUGCAGUUGUUUCUCAUGUGCUUGCUUCUGAAAGCUACCAGUCCACAGAUAACCAGUUUUGGGGACACAACAGUGGAAUACGGCAAGGAUGCAUACUACAAGUGUGAGCUUAAGAACCAGAAGGCUUCAGUCAGCUGAUGUGUUUGAUCUGCGAGGCGUUCCCCUAAGUCUUAUUGGCCUCGCCUCAGGUGUGCACCAGAUCACGUGGCAGAGGCGUCUACGGGGUAAUCCCGUUGAGAAUCUCGGGUCCUACAGUGAGCUGUUUGGCCAGCACAUCAAUGAGCUGUACCAGGGAAAGGUGAUUCUCAAUGAGACAUCCCUCAGCUCAGCGUCCCUCACCCUAAAGAACGUCACGUGGGCGGAUGAGUGUUGUUACAUUUGCAUCUUCAACGUGUACCCAGGAGACUCCAAAAGAAAGCAGACAUGCCUCACCGUGCAAGGAAUAUCUGAGUUGAAAGCUAAGGUACACAAUCCUGAAAGCGAGCUUGCCGAUGGAACCGCAACAGUUGUGUUCAGCUGCUCCACCACCGGGAAACCAGCACCAACCAUCCGCUGGCGUUUCUCGCCAAAUUCCACCGCUUUGCACCAGACGACGCCCACCACAGUAGCCAACCGCGACGGCACCUUCACCAGGAGUCAGAAUGUCACGUUGCGCUUGACCGAGAGUUGGGACGGACAUGCAGAAUGUGUGGUGCAGAGCGGCAGUCGGGGAGAAAGGAUGAAGAGGGUCCCUUUUUCCUGGGAUGCUGGCUGGGAGAAGAUGGUGGAAGACAGAGAGACUGGUGGAGGAGUGUCUAAAACCGGACAGACUCUUGUGGUCGUUGUGGUUGCUGUUGUUGUUGCUGCUGCUGCCUUGAUGGGCCUCAUAGGAAUCAUCAUUGUAAGAGCACGGAAGAGGCAUGAUAUUUUCAGACGAACUGUUUAGUUUGUCAUCUCAACCAUGACCCCUGGCAACAUGUAGCAACGACGGGACGUAUUGUACAGUAUGUAUUGAAGGCGAUUGGUGGAAGUGCCCCAACUUUGUACCUAAUUUAAACCUACUGUCAUUAUUAUUUCCUUUUUACACAGAUUCAUGUUUGAUUUUUGAAGGAAUUCCAGCGUGUUGUUUUUUCUUUUGCAGGAAGGAAAUAGAAAUCUGAAGGCUUUUUUAGGUUUUUCCAUUAGUGUUUGAGAUGGAAGGGGAGGUACUUGAGGCGUUUUGAUCUCUUUCAUGAGCUAUAAGCUCGAAAAAUGUGUUUUUGUGCCCUCUAGUGGGACUUUUCAGUUGAACUACACAGAAGUGGGAGA